GUUUAAGUUUUUGUUUGAAGUGUCUGCUUAGAGCAUUAUACGUAAAAUCUACAAGCUUCUAAAUUUAAGAAAUCGCUAAGGUCCAUUUGAUUCGCUGCACCGCAAUGUCGAGUGGCAAUGCAGCAACAACAGACGAGCUAAUCGAGCGCGUGGUGGAAGUGACUGCUUGCACUCCGGAGGAGGCCAAACACUAUCUUGGCGCCUGUGCCAACGAUGUGGCGGCAGCCGUUGCCUUGUUUUUCGAACAAGGUGGCAACGGCAACAGUGCCACCAAUGGCGCUUCCACAUCUUCAUCCACGGCGGGCGCUGCAGAUGAGGACGAAGUGCGCGCGCCCAUUGCACCAGUGCGGGAGCAACUGAUUCUACCGGAAGAUGAUAAUUUUUUUGCGUCUGGCAGCAGUAAUAACAGUCGUAUGUCUCGCGUCUCACAGCGAGUUAAAGUUUGCCCACUGCGUGACUUUGCACGGGAGGGCGCCUUAAUGGAGGAACAGCUUCAAGCCACUGGCGUUUACUCCGAUCCGAGUACACAUCGUCGACGCCGCGAGCGCUCGGCCCAAAUGGUUGUAGCCGGGCAAGCCAUGUCGUUACAGGGCCGCUCAGGUGGCAGCACUUCAUCCCGCCUUGGUGAUCUCUUCCGCCCGCCCACAGAUAUUCUAUACUCGGGCUCCCUGGCAGCGGCCCGUGAAUUUGCCAGCAAGCGCGAGCGCUGGCUGCUUGUCAACGUGCAGGGCGACAAUUUUCAAUCACAAACAAUGAAUCGUGAUGUGUGGAGCAGCAAGGAGCUAAAACAACUGGUACGACGACAAUUCGUGCUCUGGCAGGUGGACAACGAUAGCUCGGAGGGACGACGGUUCGUGGCCUUCUAUCACUGUGCCAAGCUGCCCUAUUUGUGUAUCAUAGAUCCACGCACGGGUGAGGAGGUCUGGCGCAGUCCAGAGCCUAAUCAAGAUAAUGUUCUACCGGACUUGCGUCAAUUUCUGCGUGAUCAUCGUGGCUUUUCUCUCGAGGAAGCAAGCUCCUCAAAACGCACAUCCAUACAAAUCGAUGAUGAUGAUGAUCAAGAAGACAUUGCCUCGUGCUCUUCCUCAACCGGUAGCAUACCCAAGAAACGAGCCAAGCUGCUGGAGCUAACCGAGGAGGAGCAACUGGCCCUGGCCAUCAAGAACUCCAUGAAUGAAAACGGUGGAGCUGCUGAAACUACUACAAAUGCGACCAAUAACAACAACAACGCCAAUGCCAGUGACUGUGAGAGCUUGGAGGAGUUUGACGAGGAUGAACUCAAGGGCGCCGCAAUCUCUUACGAUGCUCAACUGGGCUCUCAGACAGAAGAACUAACUGCAUUGAAGUUGCGUCUACUCGACGCCGCCGGCGGCGAAGAGGUCAUCCAACUGAGAUGGCCCUCCGAUACCAAGUUAAAGACACUACGUCUCUAUAUACGACAAACGCACAAGCACAUACCAUUGGAGGGCUACAAGCUGAUCUGUGCCUUUCCGCGCAAGUCUCUCGAAGCGGAGCACAAUGAGGCCACAUUGAAAGAGCUUGGCCUGCAUCCCUCCGCUAAUGUACAUCUCACGCUGGACGAGUAACUGUUUAUAUCAGCGCAUUGCUAGAGUAUUUAUUUCACGUUAUUUGUCUUAUCCUUCUACUCUACACAUGAAUUAAAUAUCUAUAUACAUAAUAAAAACAAAACAAAAAACAAACUU